AUGGACUUUCCGAAUCAGUACCAAAGUACCGAGGCAAAGCAUCUCGAAGUCUUCUUUCUCCUGACGCAGUCGCAUAAGAUCUGCAAACCCGCAUCUGGUCUUUCAUCAAAUUAUUCUUCGUUCGACGUCUUCUUCUCGAACUCUAUUCGUUUUCCUUUCUUAGAUUACAUUGACCUUUUCCCCGUUGAAUAUUCUACCCUUCUGCUAAAGCUGUUGCUCUUCAUUGGCCUGUUCCUUAUCUUGAAGAGAACAAUCGGUGGCUCGACCCCCUCCCCCUCAAUGUCCGGGAUUCCUGUGCAUGCUCCCGAGGCAGGAGGGGCAAUCCAUAGGUCUGGCUCGAUCCAGCCGAAGGGCGCGAUGGACACUGCUGAAAUCGAUAAGAUUGAGCCACCCGGUAUGCGAAACGCCAUAAAGCAAACGAAUGUAGUACCUCUUCUCAAUUACAUGGAUCCUAGGCCUAUGGGUUCGUCAGUAGAGAGAAUUCCUAUUGACCGGGCUUACUAUCCUGCUGAUAAAGUGCUGAAGCUGCCCUAUGAGUUAGCUGCUCUCGAGCUCCUGCCUUCAUUCCGACCCGUUAGCUUAGAAGGAACUCCUUCUAGGGACCUGGCUUUCUAUUCGCUUAGGAGGUUGACUCAGAUACCGGACUAA